AGAGUUAAGUGCCCCUGGGCUCAAUCCCCAGUACCAAAAAAUAAAUAAGUAAAACAAAAUAAUAAAAAAGACAGAGACGUACAGGGAUGGCCACGUGCAGACACAGACGACAGCAUCUGUGAGUUGACAGGAGCAGCCUCGGAGACGCUGAGCGACCCCGACCCUGCCAGGGACGCAGUCUGCAGAGCUGAAGGGGUGCGUUCCGGGUGGAGCCACUGGCUGUUGUCCUGUGCAGGCUGGUUUUCACAUCAGCACAAUUCCAGUCUGCCACAGAGAGGCUGUCCAAGCCCUCCUCUCAGCAGAGCACCUCCGCGUCACUCUCCGGGCAGGAACCCUGUGACCUUGCCCUGGGCUCUCCUUCAUUUUCCUGAGUCUGACUCAGCCCCACGUUCCUGGUGGAAGGCUUGGCCCAGGCCACCACCUACCCUCAUCUGCAGGAGAAGCCCAGGCAGCCUAGCCCUGCUCCAAGCCCUAGCUGGCGGGGAAGGCUGCUCUGGGCUGGGCCUGCUGACCCUUGACCCCUGACCUGCAGUGAUGUCACAGCAGCUCCACAGCAACCACCCCCAUUCUGGCUCCUCCCUGGAGAAGGGAGGACAGGGAGAGAGGGGCAGCAAUGCCCUCAGUGUGAGGCUGUGCAGGCCACAGCUCCCUCCUCCCGCAGGCAGAAUGGAGAAGGAUCCAGCCACACACAGGAGGCACCGGCCGGGCCCUGGGGCCCUGCCCUCAGGAGUGGCCCCUGGACAUCUCAAGGCAGCCAGUGAGGGGGCCGAGCUCCAGAGGAGCCAGAGCAUGGGUGGCUUGCACCAGAAGGGAGACCCCCCAAGCCGCAUCAGGAAGCUGCGCAGGGAGCCGGAGUCUGAAGACCAGGGGCAAGACCCAAGGAGGGAUGCAGAUGAUACCAUCUGUCAGGCAAAUCUAGAGGAAGACAGGAAGGAAAAGAAUCAGGAUGCCCUGGGAAGCCUGGACCUUGAGUGUGGGAAAACGGAGUCAGAGGUUGAGAAGAGCGACUCAGAGACCAGCACCAAGGAGGAGCAGGCAGGAGCAUGUGCAGGCAGCUGCGUCCUGGAGGCUGAGGAACAAGAGCUGGAGUCCGCGAAGCUGAAUGAUCUUCUGACAAAAGAGAAACCAUCUGCAUUCGUGGAGAUUGACCUGGGAGAUCAUGCCGAGGAGGUGGCCACCCGUGCUGUGAGAGAAGAGAAGUGGGGCGAGAUGGACAUAGGGGAUCUGUCAGAAGACGAGACCAGGACCAGCUGGGUGUGCUGCAUCCCUUACCCCACCAAAAGGAAGGCGGAGGGCUGUGCGGCAACCCUGGAGCAGGACCCCUCGGACCAGGCUCCCAGGGACUCUCUCGGGAUUGGCCAGAGCUGAGAAUGAGGGUCAGAGGAAGCGGUGAUGCCAGCUCCCAACCCUCCCCAAGAGUGCAGCCCUGAGACCAUCGGCCGAAGCCCUGGACACUGGGCGCGACGUCAAACUUCAAAAGACGCAGGGUGAGUUGGCUGGACACACUUUCUCUGAGGUGUGGAAAGGGGCAGGAGUGUGGCUCAGCCUUGCAGGCCAUGUGGUCAGAGACUGUAGGUGACCACACUCAGAACUGCUGAGGGGCCAGGUACAGGACCCUGCAGUGGGGGAAGCCGCCCAGCAGCCUGACAUCCUCCUCUGACAGUUGCCUGGAGUAGCCCUGACGGAACUAGAGGACAGGGAUCCCAGUGCUGCACUGGGGAGCUGUAUGGCUCAACUUGGCAGAGGAGAGAGGGACCUCCCCCUUGGGCAGUCGUCAGGAUGCCCGUCCCCCACUCCCCAGCCUCCCCAGCUUUCCUGAAUCAUGGCUCCAAGAGGCUCAAUGCUCAGGGAGGUUCUCAUAACCCAAACCCCGAGCCCCAGGCGCGACAGGCUGGGUACUGCAGGGUACAGCCCUCCUCCAUCUCAACUCAGUCACGUGGACUUCCUGAAACUAGCCAAGUCCUCUGGAAAACUGACCCUGAUUCCUGGUCCAGGCUCCGCGCAGUCCCACCCUUGGGAAAAGGCCACACAGACUGUGGGGCCUGCAAGAAGUGAGCAGCCUGGGUCCCUCACUGUGCCAUGAGUAGCCUUUAGGGGGCCUUUAGGGAGCAGGUAUAGGCCCAGGCCCUUCUAGAACAUUCUGCCUGCACUAGUGGGCCCCAUGUCCCUUGGUGGGUAAGGAGACGGGGGUGCCUCUUCUGGCAGCCAGGACAGGUGUUGGCUGCCUGCUGCGCGGCUUGUGGCUGCUGCAGGUGGUCCUCAGUCAGUCCUGUGCUGUCACCUUCAGGAAGCAGCCCUCUGUGUGCACCAGGUCCAGCAGCCCUGCAGGUCUCGGCUGGCCAACAGCGCCCCCUGGUGGCAUGCUUCCCCACACGGCUCUGCUUUCAGUCCUAGGAAACACCAUCCAAGAGGGGCCGCUGCGCUGGACUCGACCUUCACAAAAUCCACACUCCUCCACUGCUUAUUCAUUAAAGGACAGCCAGGAUGCGCUUGGUGGCUGCACUUA